AUGAACCUUCUGGAGAAGGUGAGAAGAAUAGAACACCUCUCCUUCUACAACACUUCAUUGCCAGAGGUGUGUGAUGACUCCAGACCUGGGCGGCCCCCAAAACGGACGCAGAGUGUGACCUCGCCAGAAAAUUCUCACAUCAUGCCGCAUUCCGUUCCUGGUCUUCUCUCACCGGGAAUUAUCCCACCGACAGGUCUGACAGCUGCGGCUGCUGCUGCGGCUGCGGCCACCAAUGCUGCCAUCGCAGAAGCAAUGAAGGUGAAAAAAAUUAAAUUAGAAGCAAUGUCAAAUUACCAUCCCAAUAAUAACCAGCACGCAGCAGAGUCUGAAAACGGAGACCUAAAUUCUGCUGUGGGCCUUGAGCUACCUUUCAUGAUGAUGCCCCAUCCGCUUAUUCCGGUCAGCCUGCCCCCAGCAUCCGUCACAAUGGCCAUGAAUCAGAUGAACCACCUUACCACAAUUGCAAAUAUGGCUGCCGCAGCACAAGUACAGGGCCCUCCCUCUCGAAUGGAGACAUCUGUGAUUAAGGAACGAGUUCCAGACAGUCCUUCCCCUGCUCCAUCUCUCGAAGACGGUCGAAGGCCUGGUAGCCAUCCAUCCUCACAUCGUAGCAGCAGCGUAUCCAGCUCCCCUGCCCGAACUGAAAGCUCUUCAGAUAGAAUCCCUGUUCAUCAGAAUGGCCUCUCCAUGAACCAGAUGUUGUUGGGCUUAUCUCCGAACGUCUUACCUGGUCCAAAAGAAGGUGACCUGGCUGGCCACGAGGGUGGGCAUGACUCCAAAAGAAUGCACCUGGAGAAAGAUGAGACCCCGCUCUCCACACCAACCACAAGAGACAGCCUUGACAAACUUUCGCUAACUGGCCACGGACAACCUCUUCCUCCUGGAUUCCCAUCUCCUUUUCUAUUUCCUGAUGGAUUGUCCUCCAUAGAAACCCUCCUGACGAAUAUCCAGGGGCUCUUGAAAGUUGCCAUAGACAAUGCACGCGCUCAAGAGAAGCAAGUGCAGCUUGAAAAGACGGAGCUCAAAAUGGAACUCUUCAGGGAACGAGAACUGAGAGAAACACUUGAAAAACAGUUAGCAGUAGAGCAGAAGAACAGAGCAAUAAUUCAGAAAAGAUUAAAGAAGGAAAAGAAGGCGAAGAGGAAAUUGCAGGAAGCGCUUGAAUUUGAAACAAAGCGGCGAGAACAAGCGGAGCAAGCGCUAAAACAAGCCGCUUCCACCGAUAACCUCAGGGUCCUAAAUGAUUCUCUGACCCCGGAGAUAGAAGCUGACCGCAGCGGGGGCCGAACAGAUGCUGAGAGGACAAUACAAGAUGGAAGACUUUAUCUGAAAACUACUGUUAUGUACUGAGUUUGUCCAGUCGGAACAAUGUGUGUUACCAGUCCGGAGGACUCUGCAGUAAAACAUCCAGUGUUUCAGAAAUUCUGCAAAAAAAAAGUGGAAGGUGCUUUGCAGAAAACUUUUAUCACUUCACAUAGCCAUGUGCAGAGAUUUUAAGCGUUGGUUGGGAGCAUCCUCAUUGCAUUGUCCAAGCUCCAUCCUGUGUUACAGAAGAUAUUUCUACGAAUUUGUGUAGCAUUCUAGUAGCUACCAGGAAAUCUGUACUGAGACUCCAGAGCAGAACUAUAUAUUCCCAUUUCAAUGGAAUAAGAACUAUAUUCUCUUCUGAAUCUUUUAGGCACAUCAAGGAAAUCUUCCACUUUUCAUCUUAAGCACUCUUAUGCCAAACCAGCAAGAUGUUAGAGAAGAAUGAAUAUUCCUCAAAUGGGCAUCAGAAUAUUCCUAAACAAAACACACACACACAAAAAAAAACUGAGGUUAAGAAUACACAAACAACAUGUUAUAUACCAUUUUCUUUUUUUCAAAUUCUGGGAAAUGGAUUUUUUUUUUCCACACAGCCUCUUCAAGAGAGCAAGGUGUACCUUAUAAAACUUAAACCAGUUUUAUCUCAAAAGAAGUACAGAGGUUAAACAACGUCACAUGUACGAUUUGCAUUAAUCGCAAGAAGAAGAAGAAGAAGAAGAAGAAGAAGAAGAAGAAGAAGAAGAAUGCUUAUAAUUUCUCAUGCUAAACUGUCAGUAUAAGAGGGAUGACAAGUUGUUCCUCAUUUCUGAAACUGUUCAGGUGUACAGUAUAUAACCACAAAAACCACUCACAGAAAAUAUUAUGUAUGCAGUAGUAUACUAGAUUUUAGGAAAACAACAAUUUUAGAGAAUAUGUUUUGUCACCCUGUUGGUCCAAACACCAUCUUUCUAAUUUUAAACGCAUGCAGGCAUGUAAAUAUUUGUCUUGAAGUCACAGUGUUAAUGAAGGGAAUCUUAAUUGUCUGGGAGGGAUGACCACCUUUGUAUGUAUAUGCUGAAAAAGGGGCACUUUUCAGAGUGGAUUGUGGCCCCAAAUCAAGUCAACUCCCCAGAAAUAUUUUUCUAUAUUAAUGUCAUAUUAUUUCAACCUUG